AUGGACGCCCUUCCUGGCGCUGUAAUGCAGGCCUUUGCGCACCUGUGGGACCAACACCCUGAAGUAGCAGCUGGUAUCUACGCCGCGGGUGCCGUCGCUGCUGCUGUGCCGCAUUAUAUACCAAACUUUGAGCAGGCCAAGGUUUGGUAUCAGAAACCCAGGCCUUUUACGACAUCUGUCGCCAAACCAGUCCACACCAUCGAAGACGCAGCCGGAAUCGUGAAAUCAAUAGUCACCAAGGUUCCCCGGCCUACCCUUAUCACCGUCACUAGUUCUGUAUCACCAGCCUGCAACACACCCUCCACUGUCGAACAGCAGGCCAAAGUUGAAGUGUUGGACACUUCCUCGCCUUCCGAAUUAAUCAAGGACAUCUCCGAAUCUGUCACGGAAAGCUCUGCUCGUUCGAGAGCGAGUCGCUCAUCGCAACUCUCCUCGGAACGUAGUACUCCGCGAGAUACAUUGCCGGAGAUAUCUAGCAAGAGUACAGAGCGUUCACUAGCGAAGACUACGAGUACUUCUUCUGAGAAGAGCAUUCCGGUCCACGAGGUACCGUCAGUAUUGGGCACGAAACCUUCCAAUGUUACAAAUGCAGGCCUCAAAGCCCGGAUGAGUAGGCUUCUGCACGCCUCGCGAUCCUCCGCGGCAUCGAAAGAAUCGACCAUCAGCGAUACACCCAGAGACGUCACAUCGACCGGUUCCCCCACCAUUGGCAAGUUGCCUUCUCGGACCACGUCUCCAGUUGUGGUGGAACAAUUACCGGUCACCUCACAGUCGUUCGAUGAGAUCAUAGACUAUUCGCUUGAAACCAUUACCAUUCCGCAGAGAUCAAAGACAGUUUCCAGUGCUCCUCUAUCUAGCACUGCGAGCAUUGACUCUGCCCUCAAAGAACAUAAGUCAGCCUUUACACAUUAUAGGCAACAUGCGGCUAGCAAAAGCACCCGGAGCAGUAUCUCGAAGAUGACAGAACAUAAGCCAGCCUUUACACAUUACAGACAAAAGGCGGCUAGGAAAUCACUCCAAGAUUCGUCGUCGUCUAAGACACUUCCCAGUGCACCUAUGCCCAGCACCAAGGGCAGCACCGUUACGCCGAGAGAACACAAGCCAGCUAGCAAACCACUUCGAGAUUCGCCGUCAUUUGCCAAAUCCCAAUUCUCCCGCUGGAAUGACUUUCGACGAGCGGUUCAUGAUAAAUACGCCGCACAGCAAGCAGAUCAAAAGCCGGCCAAGCGGUCCUACUACAGUAGCCCUAUCACCAUGGCGGAUAUCGUGGUGGGAUAUGUGCCAUCCAUUCUCUUCGCCGUAUGCGAACAUCUGUACAAAGAUGACCUGGACUUCCAGGAAAUGGUGGUAUUUAUGGUGCGCAAUGCAUACAUGUUUGUCGUUGGAUAUCUCGCCUACGCGGAAUUCCGCUUGCCAACAUUGCCAUACUCCAAAUCUGUAGCAUACGCACGCAGCAUCGGAUCUGUAUCCUACAAUGUGUGGCAGAAAGCGGUAGCCGACUUCCUGGGAAAACAGCAAACCGACUACUUCAUCAUAGACCGGGCGCUGUACGCCACCCUCAUUGGAAUUGCGAUUUAUUUCCUCCUUUUCGCCGGACGAAGGACCCCCGAAGCUGUUCACCACGAAGAAGAUGACAGCGAGUUAAGCGGGGAUGAAGACAUGUCUGAGACCGAGGAUAUGUCGCCUAGCGCGCCUGCUGUCAUCCCGCACCGGAAAGAGACAUUAAUUCGUUGUUGCAUCGGCUUCACUGUUGUGAUAACUGUCAUCUGGCUCAGUGUCUACGUCCAGGACUUGGCUGUUAUCUUGGUCAGCGUGCCAACGAUACACGUUCUUUCCAUCUAUCGCGAAGAGGCGUUCACUAUAUUAAAUCUCGUAGUUGGCGGCUCAUACCGAUCAGUCAUCGCCGCGCGAACCUGGAUACGAUACUACGCUGCGGUUGCAAUAGUAGUAUACAUCCUCAUCCAUAUAGACCAGCCAUCUUUGUGCGCUGAUAGACUUUUCAGAGGCGGCGUUGCCCCGCCCUUCAGUCAUUUUGCUGUCGUGCUCAAGCUUGUAGGCCUCUCCUAUAUCGACUCCCUCGUGGACGGCACCAUUGAAGUCUCUCGGAUCUGCAUAGCGAAACUCCGGAUUGUAAAAGCUUGGGCUCAGUACAAGUUCAUGCUCAUCGUCAGAGGUCGCGCUGUCUUCCCGUGGUACCCACAGACUGUCGGCGGGUGUCUUCGCUGGGUGUUCGCAACAAUCACACUCGGCCCUCAGACAGUAUUUGGGCUGCUACCAGCAUGGACUGGCCCAGUCGCUAAUUUGAUCGCGGUCUUCGCCCUGACGUUUGUAUUCAUACCAUUGUUCCAGUCUCUUUUCACGGCGAUAUGGCACACCAUACAGCCUUGGACUGAAAGGAAGUCGGAUGCAGCUGCUCACACAGUUAAGGGGUUUACUACUGGUACUAAGUCUAUUCCAGUCCCAGUUAAGGGGUCGACGUCAUGGACUGCUGUAACCACGACAGCUUUACGGAAUUGGGUCACGCCUUCUUAUAAACUCAAUGCCACCUCGCAGGAACGCGCAACGAGCUCUUAUGUGUACACUGCUACCUCGACGAAAAGGGAUACGAGCUCUCGUAUACCCACUACCCUCUCGCCGGCAUGGGCUACCAAGUCCGUCAAGAAUGCUACCUCAAAUUUCUUUACAACCACCCAGAAAACGACUUCUUCAGCAUUCGAAAGGAUCUCAAUGAACCUGAGCUUGUUGUACAGGGCACAAAUCAAGCCGGUCGUAACAUCCAUGGGUACACGCUGCCUCAGCAAUUGGUGCCAAGGCCUAGCAUACCACUGGGUAUGGCGUGCGACGAUCAUUGUCGCAGUCACCAGUGUAUGCACCGUAGGCUGGAUCAUGGCCGCUCAAGCAUAUCCCGCACAUAAGGUCCGGUCGUCGUUCACAUUCGCAACUAGUUUCAUGAUCAUGUACAUCUUCGGCACAAACGGGGUCCUUGCUUGCACUCAGGACUAUGGCAUCAUCUUUGCGACUGUUCUUGUCAUACUUCUACUUCUAGCCUACUGGCGGCCGGAUCCGAUCGUGGCUCGAGAUAUUCCCAAUAAACCGCUCCCUAAUUUGCCGGAUGAAGUUGCGGCUCCUGCCUCGGGGCCACCAAGCCCUCCCGCAGCACAAACUCGCAUUCCUAUCAAUGACGUCGAAGAGUCAGAGCUAAGGAACCCCGUGAUUGGAGAACCUGAUACUCCCAAUCAGCUUCCAGACGCACAGCCGACGCAGGCACCUCAGUCACCCAGCGACAGCCAAGCAGUUGAUCUUUUGGAUGAGGACUUAUCAGGGCUUCCAGAUGAGGUAGAUGCGUUGCGCACUCAACAACAAGCUUCGCCUAUGCAAUCUCCUGUGGAAACGCCUACGGAGGUGUAUCCGACUGAGACGCCUACCGCAGAUGCAUGGACACAGACAAACGCAUCUCUUCCUUGGCCACAGCGCUGGAUGGAUUGGCUAUUCGACAGUGAAGCGGCGCGCACGGCAAGAGAGAAGGCUAUUGAGGCAGCUAGAGCUGCUGCUGAGCAGGAGCACCAGGACUUCCUAGAGCAAUCUGGUCUGGCGGGCGGUGUAGAACACGAGGAGCCCCAAUCGUCAAAUGACGCCAGUGAAAGUCCAGCUGCUGAUUCUUCGAUGACAUCUCAGCCUACCAAGACUGAGCAACAGCACCGACCUACUGUUGAAGCUGAGAAACAUGAGGAAACAGUCCCAGCUAUCCCGUCAGAGACGACAACUAAAGCCACUCCAAGCCCUGCGGCCCAGGUACCAGCGAUACCGGUAGUUGCCAAUACAUCGGCAUCUGUGCGUACCCUCACGCCAGCUGCCGAGUUCAAACGUACUCCUCUGUUCGAGCCUACUCCUCCAGCAACGACCACACCCACGAUCACAGCGUCUCCCCCACCAAUAGUUCCUGCUUCUCCUACUCCGCAAGCCACGAAUACACCCUCAACUAACGCUGCUCCUGCGACACCUCCUCGUUCCUCUAAUUCUCUGAUUGUACCAACUCCCGUCACAACACCUACUGAUGUGCCGAAGUCUGCCACGGACAACACUGAGCCUUCGCCAUCGCUUGACAUCUCGUUUGAUCUUCCUACCAUCGUAGUCAACGCACCGGAAUCUGAGACGCAAGGACGAUCCCCGCCCAUGACAUUUGUUCCGAUUGAGAUGACGGAACUCGCUACACCCGCCAAGCACUCGCUUCUCGAGGACCCUACUUCGGAGCCCGUCAAUGCACCAGAUCACCAAGUCCCAGCCGCUGGUCUAGUGCAAGAGAAACAAGAGGAAGAUAAGCAAGACGAUGAGCAUGAAGGUGUGGAAGAAAGCGACGAAGACGAAGACGAAGACGAAGACGAAGACGAAGACGAAGACGAAGACGAAGACGAAGACGAAGACGAAGACGAAGACGAAGACGAAGAUGAAGACGAAGACGAAGACGAAAGCGAAGAAGAGUUCGAUUUCGGUGGGAGUCCUACGAUAGGCACAUCAGCUCCGCUACAGCCAGCGAGUCCUAUAGAUGCCGAGAUUGCUGCAGCACUUGAGAGGCACCGCGAGGAGGUGCAAAGAGAGGCUGAGCAGAAGAAGGCUAUGACGUCCGACAAGGUUGCUUCUGGUGGAGCGCCCGCGCCUGGUGACGGCGAUGACAACAACAAUGGCAACGCUUUUGAUAUAGAUGACAAUGAUUCGGGCAAUACACCGGUACCCGGCGCUCCGAAGCACGAUGCUCUUAACCCCGAUAAAGAAUCUUCUUCGCCAACAGAUAUGCCAAUGGAAGGCAUGGACGAUGAAGCUCCAGUAGCCACGCCCACGACUAGUGACAAUGCAAAUCUCCCCGGCUCACUCUCGCAACCAGCUCCCGGCACAGCAAAUGGUCGUUCUUGGGCCCCUUUCAGCUCGCUUCCUUCCAGCAGGACUGAGCCGCCUAUGUUCACAGAAGAGGAACUUCGUACGCAAUUCGCCCUUCCUGCCAUCUACAAUCGGCCUGCCGCUCGACCCACAGACCCAACGCAUCCAGACUCCGCAGAACAGUGGCGUAACAGGUUGCUAGGGGGUCCUAGUAUGAUGACCAUAAUGAGGAGAGAGCGUGAAGCUGCGGCUCGAAGGUCUACCGGUGAUGGUGGAGAUCCGCCGCCUGGCCCUGGUGGUCGUUUCGGUGGAGAUGGCGGCGGCGGUAGUGGAGGUGGAGGUGGAAGUGAUGAUCCACCCGCUCCUUUCGAUCCAUCGAGCGGUAGUGGAGGCGCGAAUCCUCCAUCGCCGUCAGGUUCCGCUGGCUCAGGACCUAUGGAGGGGAUCGACGAGUCUUCGAGCGACUCGGACCAUCACGGUGAGAGGGAUCCCCAUAAUCAUAACCACGAUGACGGUCAGACUUUGAACAACCAAGCUGACAACAACGAUCAGAUGGAUGAUGGCAACGACGGUAAUGAGGGCGAUGGCGGCAAUGGCGGCGAUUCAUCAGCGCAGCCUAGAGCUCUCAAUCUUGCUGACAUUUGUAUGACUGCGCCCGUGGCCCUUGAUACUACUGUCACGGCCGAAGACGAUGGAGAUGUUGAUAUGUCCGACCUAUUCAAUGUCGAUUUGGACAAUACCAAUAUGAACGAUACCAACAUGGACGAUAGCAAUAUGGACGAUAUCAAUUUGGACAACAUCGAUCUGGGCAACAUCAACUUGGACGGCAUCGAUUUCGACAAGAUCGCCAACUCUGGUUUCGACAAUGAGCAAACGCCAACCACCACCGCUGACGACAUGAGGAGACAGCUGAUGCCUCUCGAGGGACUAGAACAACACAGCGGAAUACCAACAAGUCUGUAUCUGUCUCCUGAGGAUGAGCAAUACGGCGAAAAGGCAGAACAAAACAUAUUCGCUGAUAUUGAUGCGUAUGAGGCGCAGAAUGGGCCUAUCAAGACUUCACCUCCCAUGUCUGAACCUCAACAGUACCCGACAGACGGGGAAAGUUUCGAUGAUCUUCCUGGAAACGCUGGCGAUGACUAUUUUUCACCAACCCAGCAGCCAUCGGUCAUCGUUCCUGGGCCUCUUAAGGAUGCGCCAGAUGCGUUUGACCCAUUCUCGAACGCGAACUUGAGUGUCGAAUUUGGGGAAGCUACGCAAGCUGAACAGGAUGACGAUGUGUCAGAUCGAGAGAUCAUUCGUGCCACUGCUGCAAAGGCCUUUGGAGAAGAUCAAGAGCCGGCACAAGAUGAUCUAGCUCCACCGCCACCAACCCACGGAGACGACCUCAACCUUGAAGACUACGAAGCUACUGAAGACCAUGAGGAACUCAUCGCAGGGCUUUCGAAUGUCAAUCUCAGUGUUGAUCAGACUGACAACAAUAACAAACCACAAAUCCCGUUAGAUCUAGGAACUCAGCGAGUAUGGGACAGUGACUUCAACAAAGGCCCGGACAACGCUGAACAUGAAUACAAACAUCCAGAUGAGUUCACAGCCAUCAGACCCAGAACACGCUUGGUACAACUUCGGGAGGACCGCAAGAUCGUGGAGAACCCUGAACAUGCGGAAAAUCGAUCAGCCGGCAUCAAGUCGCUAGACGAACUAACCGGGCGACAAGGUCAGGUCUUCCGAGAGGUUCCCAUGGACACAUACGAAAUGCGAGGAGAAAGUCACGACGACUACAAGCAUGCACAGGAGCUGAUGGCAUGGUUUGAUCCAGAUGCUGAAGGUGCUGAACCUCGAGGCGAUCCUUCUCCGGCUGGAUCUGACGACGGUAGCGCGUUAUCGAGCGAAAUCAAUGACGAUGAACUGGACACGCUUGCCAAAGAAGUGGCAAAGGAUCAGUUGGAUGAACUGAACAAAGCAUCUAAGAGAACAGCUCGAGAUGUUUCUGAUGACUCAGAUUCAGAUUCAGAAGCGCCGCAGAAAACGCCAGAUGGUCCAGCAACUCCCCAGAAGGAAAACUCAGGUGCGCGAGCUAAUACUCCGAAGAAAGGCCGCUUUAGAGGUCCAGUCUCAUUUGAUACUGAGGAAGGAGCCCGUUUUGAGAAGAAUGAUGUAGAAAAGGUCUUGGACCUUCCGGUAUUCCAGACAUUGAAGGAGGCCAACAACACAUCGACAACCCCAUCGCCGGCGCGACCAUCUCCGGUCGCUAGUUCUGGCCUUCCGACUCGUCCGACUACACAAAAGACACUCAAAACGCCGUCAAUAUUCAGCUCGAAUCCUACUUCCCCAUCUUCGUACUACAGGGCACCACCGCCUUCACAGCUAGCAGGUGGUUUCGCACCGGGAGGUUACGCACGCUCGUAUAACCCAGUCACUUCGCUCAAGAUCAAUGGCAGGUCUCCUUGUGCAAGUGUACCGAGUUUUGAAAGCCCUACUACACCACGCGGUCAAAGUGGUAAUGCAACAACGCCUCCUCGGAGUCCAAGCUACCCAGCCAUGAAGCUGCCCGACACUGCACUAUCAAACGCAAGAAGCUUGCUCAAACCGGCGUCCGCCCGCCAUCUUGCACAGCCUACAGCAGGCACAUCGACUACAAAUUCCCCGGUCACCUCGCCCGCGUACAUGCCCAUGCAGCCUUCGGCGGGUUUGAAAUCAAGUAAUUCAUCGACUACUCCACCAGCUUACGACCCUGCACAGCCUACGGCCGGAUUUACUCCGAAGACAGCGUCAAGCUUUCGGGCCCAGUUACUACCCCUUGAUGGAUUGAGUGUACCACAGAAGCCAUUGCCACAGCUCAGUGCGACAACACAUCCAAGUAGGCCCGCAGCGCAAGAUGAAGAUGCGGUUAGAGAUCAAAACUCGCAAACUCCGGGAGGCGAUGACAACCAGUACAGCAGCGAUGUCGACAGCAUUUACGGUCACGACUAA